AUGCCACCUAUACGGGAUAAAUUCACUAUUCAUUCGAGAGCCGUUGUUUGUCAAGAUGUUGAACUGAAAGGCGAUAUUACCAUUGGUUCUGGCACCAUAGUGCACCCAAAGGCGACUAUCUUUGCCAUUGCUGGACCAAUUGUGAUAGGCUCUGGGUGCAUCAUCGAAGAAGGCGCGAUUGUCGUGAACAGGAGGAAGGAGGUUAUGCGAAUAGGGGAUGAUAAUCUCUUUGAGAUUGGCUGUCGCGUUGAAUCUCCAACGAUAGGCAACUUCAACACCGUCUCCACCCGUGCUCGAGUACACCACACCGUUCGAAUAUCCUCCUACUGCGUCAUCGGUGCCGGAUGCCUUGUCGUACCCACAGAGGAUGAAGUGUUGGAUGAUUAUACCGUGAUUUAUGGACCUACGGCGGAGAGGAGGACGUGGAGCGGAAGGGGCAAAGUCCAGGAGGCGGAUCUGAGGAGGAAGCAUGCUGAGUACCUUAGAGAGACUUUGCCCAAGUUCAAUAGGUUAAGGAGGGGAGAGGCCCAUGGGCACGGGCAUGCCGCUGGGUAA